AUGGAAACUGUGCGAGACCCUGUUUGUAAGCAAGAAUCCGUCGUAAAUGAUGAUUUCAUUGUCGAAGUAUUAUGUUCAGAAGAGAAUGCUGAAGCAUUUGCAAACUCGAAUCCCAUGACUGUUUUUCAAGGAAUAUCAGCUGAAGUGCACUUUGAAAAAAUUGCAUUACCAUUGGCUUUAUCUGUGCUUAGUCAAGAACUUUCAUUACUUGUUCGAAAACGUUCCACCAAUGAAAUCAUUGAAUGUAUUCUGUCUACAGAUCUGUAUCUUAAAUCGAUUUGUCCAAUAACAAACACAACUGGCAUUGCACAUGAAGAUUUUAUUGCUGAUCUCGACAGGGCAACUAACUCGAAAUUCAUUAAUACAUUUUCUUUUGCACGCAACGAAAAUAGGCGAAGAAGGUAA